AUGACGUUGAAGGACAUUCCUGGCCGACGGCGAGCAGGUACUGUUAAUUGGAGUGGGUUGCCUAACUUGCAUUGGUGGAUCGACCGUCAGACAGGGAUCACAGCUGCUCUUUUUACCCAACUUAUGCCGGCCGGGGAUGCAGCUCUUACUGGCCUUUUGAUUGAGUUAGAGUUAUAG